AUGGCCGGAGGGUUCGUCAGUCAAACGCCGGGGGUUCGGAACUACAAUUACAAAUUGACACCGAAAGUGUUCGUAACAUGUUUCAUCGGUGCUUUUGGUGGUCUCAUCUUCGGAUACGAUCUCGGAAUCUCAGGAGGAGUAACCUCAAUGGAGCCGUUCUUGGAAAAGUUUUUCCCUUACGUGCACAAGAAGAUGAAGAGCGCACACGAGAACGAGUACUGUCGAUUUGAUAGUCAGCUUCUCACUCUCUUCACUUCUUCUCUCUACGUAGCGGCUCUGGUCUCUUCCCUCUUCGCCUCCACCAUUACCCGAGUUUUCGGGAGGAAAUGGUCCAUGUUCCUCGGUGGUUUCACCUUCUUCAUCGGCUCUGCUUUCAACGGCUUCGCCCAAAACAUCGCCAUGCUUCUCAUCGGUCGUAUUCUUCUCGGUUUCGGUGUCGGAUUCGCCAAUCAAUCUGUUCCGGUUUAUCUUUCGGAAAUGGCCCCUCCGAAUCUGAGAGGAGCGUUCAACAAUGGGUUUCAAGUAGCCAUUAUAUUCGGUAUUGUGGUUGCAACCAUCAUCAACUACUUCACCGCACAGAUGAAAGGAAACAUCGGAUGGAGAAUCUCUCUCGGACUAGCUUGUGUCCCUGCAGUGAUGAUCAUGAUCGGAGCUGUGAUCCUCCCCGACACUCCGAACUCGCUCAUCGAACGUGGCUUCACCGAAGAGGCGAAAGAAAUGCUUCAAUCGAUCCGAGGAACGAGUGAAGUCGACGAAGAGUUUCAAGAUCUCGUUGAUGCGAGUGAGGAGUCCAAGCAAGUGAAACAUCCAUGGAAGAACAUCUUGCUUCCUCGUUACAGACCACAGUUGAUCAUGACUUGCUUCAUUCCUUUCUUCCAGCAGCUUACCGGAAUCAAUGUCAUCACAUUUUACGCACCCGUUCUGUUCCAAACCCUAGGGUUCGGUAGCAAAGCCGCGCUCUUGUCCGCUAUGGUUACGGGUAUUAUCGAGCUCUUGUGUACCUUCGUCUCUGUUUUCACAGUGGAUAGGUUUGGAAGAAGAGUCUUGUUCCUCCAGGGAGGUAUCCAGAUGCUUAUCUCUCAGAUCGCUAUUGGAGUCAUGAUUGGAGUCAAAUUUGGAGUGGCUGGAACAGGGAACAUAGGGAAAACAGAUGCUAAUUUGAUCGUGGCGUUGAUUUGUAUCUAUGUAGCUGGUUUUGCAUGGUCAUGGGGACCGUUGGGAUGGCUGGUUCCUAGUGAGAUAUCUCCAUUAGAGAUCCGAUCAGCAGCUCAAGCCAUAAACGUGGCGGUCAACAUGUUCUUCACAUUCCUUGUGGCUCAGCUCUUCCUCACUAUGCUUUGUCAUAUGAAAUUCGGACUCUUCUUCUUCUUUGCGGUGUUUGUCUUCAUAAUGACGAUAUUCAUCUACAUGUUGUUGCCUGAGACGAAGAAUGUGCCGAUCGAAGAGAUGAACAGAGUGUGGAAAGCACAUUGGUUCUGGGGAAGGUUUAUACCUGAUGAAGCUGUUGGUAUUGGUGCUGCUGAGAUGACACACAAGACUGUAUGA